AUGGUUAGAAAGAAGGCUAUUGCAAAAAAGUAUAAAAUAGAAAACACAGUUGAUAAUACAGAAAAUAAGAUUACAGACUCUAAGAAAAAGGUUGAAUAUAUAAUACAUAAGCAUAUAUUGGUUAAUAUUGAAGAUUUACUAUGUCUAAUUAAGGUUUGGAAUAGAGUAAGGCUUAUAUGGGACAAACAAGACCAAGAUACAGAAGAUUUAUUACAUGACUUUCGAAUAAACAAAAAAUCAUUAAAAGUAGAAUAUGCAGAAUCAAAUUUGAGUAGUUCUAGAGCUUUCAUUACAUUAUCUAAUUUUGUUUUGGAAUCUAAGAAUUGUAGAACUGUAAAUUGUGAUAAGAUAAACGUGAUAGCUUAUGGAAAUAUACUACACUCUUCUUUACACCCUCAUUCUCCUCCAAUUCAAGUGAGAAAAGCUUUAAUACUAUUACAACAAUCGGGUUUAUUAACUUUUACAGCUACUAUUGAGAGUAUAAAGCGAUCUAGGGAAAAUAGUUUAUGUAAAGAGUUAAUCUGCUCUGGAGAUAUAACUGAAAUGAAUAGCUCUCCUCUAUCAAAUACUAAUACAUCCUAUAUAUUUGUGAAUAUUAGGAUAUUUUUACACGUACUUUGUUUAGAUAAUAAGUAUAUUAUGAGAAUUUCUGGUUCUCGUAAGGCACUGAAAACAAUUUUAGCAUGGAUAGAUCCAGAUAAAUUCAAAAUUCCAAUCUUAACUGCUAAACAAAUGGAUAAAGCAAUAAAACUUGAGCCAAAUGAUAUAUAUUCAAGGUUAAUCCAAGUUGAUAUCAUAAAUAAAGUAUUUGUGGGAGAUUGGAAACAACCAGAAAAUUUGGUUACUAAACCUCGUACAUAUCAGAAAGAUGCUAUUUAUUUUGCAGCAUGUGUAGAACAAGGUAUAUGCAUGAAAUUUGAUUAUGAACCUUAUUGGUACCUAGUGAAACUCCCAGAUGCUUAUGAACCUUUGUGCAGUAGAAAAAAAUUAUUUGGAAAUAUUAUAACUGGCGAUAUAUGUAUAGAUAUACCUCCAGGAGGUGGUAAUUAUAUUGUUCGUGGAGGUUUUAUUUGUGAUGAAAUGGGUCUUGGGAAAAGUUUAGAAAUUAUUGGAUUAAUAUUAUUAAAUAGGCGAAUUGAGUCUAAAGAUAUAUACACAAAAUUUGAAUUGUCUAAUACUACUUCUAAAGUAAUCUUGAAUAGACAAAAAAACUUUGAUAUAUCUAUAUUUAACUUAGAUAAUGAAAUAUCUUUAAAUAAUGAAGGUAAUUUAAUUGUUGAGUGUCCCUGUGGUACUUUAAAUAAUUCGUUGAGAAUUAAAGCUUGUAAUGUUUGUCAUACUUAUGUUCACGAGAUAUGCUGCACUAGUGGCAUUGCUCCUAUAAAUCAAUUAUUGAAUAAUGAUAAAUUUAUGUGUCCUGUAUGUGAUAACUUGAGGGCUAAGAGUAUAUCAGCUAAGACCACUCUUAUAAUAGCUCCAGGUAGUAUUAUAGAUCAAUGGGAAGAUGAAAUUCUUAAACAUACAUAUGCUGGAAGUUUAUCUGUGGCAAAGUAUCAGGGUGUAAGAACAAUACAAAUGUAUCUUAAAAAAUUAGCUUCAGAAAAUGAACUAUUUAAUUCUACUAUAGAAGGAAAAAAAAUAAUUCAAGAUAACUCAUCGAAAAAUAAACCUUGGGAAUUUAUAAAAACCCGUUAUGACCUUGCAACUUUUGAUAUAGUGCUAGUAUCUUAUGAAACUUUGCGUGAAGAUAUAUACCAUGCUAUUGAUGAAGAACAAUUUAAUAAUAGAAAGUCUUUACGUCAUAAAAAAGCAUAUCCAAUAUUUCCAUCACUCUUGACAAAUAUAGAGUGGUGGCGUAUUGUUUUAGAUGAAGCUCAAAUGGCAGAGGGAUACUCUCUUGCUUCUAAGAUGACAAGUAGACUUUACUGUAUCCAUAAAUGGUGUGUUACUGGAACUCCUAUUGUAAGAUCAAUAAGUAAUGACUUAUCAGGUUUGUUGACAACCUUAUCUUCAGUAGGUCUACCAUUUGUAGGAGAGUCAAUGUUUAAAAAAUUUCUUGAUUAUUUAAAUUUAGCAUGGGAUGAAGUACACACAAAUAAUGAUAAUUUUCCUAAAAUAUGUGAUCAAAUAUUAGAAACUAAAAAUGAGGAUUUAGAAGCUAAUAUUAAUAUAAAUUGCACAGAAAAGAAGUAUUACUCAAUUACUUCUAAGAACCUAAAUACGGAAGAAAUUGAAAAUAAUCCUAAUAUUAAUGAGCUUGGUAUAUUUCCCAAAAAAGGUGUUAUUAUUCAAGUUCUAGAGUUAUUAGAUAAACUUAUUGGUCCAUUAUUUCUUAGGAGACUAAUGAAAAAUGUAGAAACUGAUUUGAGUAUUCCAAAACCCUUUUAUGGUAAUACAAUUCUUGCUUUAUCCUGUAUUGAAAAAUUCUUUUAUUUAAAACAAUAUGAAGCAGCACGUAAAGUCGUUGAAACUAUUUUAAGUAAAACAAAUGAAACUAAAGUUUGUGAUUAUUUAUUUAACAAAAAUUCUAAGGAAGUAGAUAUUAUUAUUUUAAUGUUACGAUUGGCUUGUAUACACCCACAAUUAGGAUCAAUGGGAUUACGGAAUACAAAUCACAAAAUAAAAUAUAAAAAACACUUCAAGGAUAUCCAUAUUGAAGGGAAUACAUUAAAUUCAUCUUUUUCAAAUGGAAUAAAUAUUAUGACUAUGGAACAGGUUUUAGAUCGUCUUCUAAAUAAAUGUAGAAUAGAAAUUGAGGAUUCAGUUCGUAAAUAUGUAAUGAACACUCUAGGUUUGGCAGGAAUAUGCAUUAUAGAAAAUAAUUUAGAUGAAGCAUUAAAUUAUUAUGUUCAGGUAUUAAAUAUUAGAAAUGAUGAUAGGGUAGACAUUCCCCAACAAAUACAUACUUUAUGGAACCUUCAUGAAACACUAACUAGAGUAGUAAAUUCAGAGACAGAAAUUAAAAUUCAAGGUAAUAUACUUGACUCUAAAAAACUUUUGGAUGAAUGUAAUCAACUUGAAAAACGCUAUAUAAAUAGAUUUAAUGAAGAUUAUUUAGAAAAACGUGAAGUUUUCUACAAAUCCAUUGAGAAAUCAAAUAGUUUUAAGAAUGGAAAUUCUAUAGAGAAUUGGUGGUGCAUAUUUAAUAGCCUAAAAAGUAGAGAAGAUGAAGAAAAUUUAUUAUAUAGAGUUAGAGAUUGUAUUUAUGAGUAUAGAAGUUCGAAAGAUUCUGAUACAAAAUAUCAACUACCUUUCUUCCGUUCUAUUAAUGGGUUGAUUACUUUACUUACCUCAAGGAUUCAAACUUUAGAAGAUUCUCGUGAAAAUUUACAUAAUGCCAUUAAAUAUUUGGAAUUUGAUGAAUGUAAGCCAUCUGAUGACUUAUUAGCAAAAGUAUCAUCUUGCAUUAUUUGUUUCAGAAAAAAUAUUGAUGAAAAUACAUUGAGUGAUUUUAAAAAGGAGGGUCUUUAUAAAGAAAUAAAUGAUAUUUCGAAUAAAAAUAUUAUAUGCCCAUUUUGUGCCUUACAAAGAUAUUUUGAAGUUUAUGAAAAUUGUAUAUAUACUAUAAAGCGAAAGGCAGAAUCACGUAGUACUAGUCAUACUAUAGACCAUGAAAUAAUUAAUGAAAGUGGAUUUUUUGUUACAAAUCUGAUUUCAGAUACAACAUAUUUACGGGAUUCAGAGACUAUAUAUGUGCUUAAAAUACUGCAAAAAGAAUUAAAGCGAUAUUUUAGGAUGAAUGAGAUUCUAAAGAUACAAGAAUUAUGUAAUUCUCAUAUUAGAUAUUUGGAAACCUUAAGACUUGAAUUAACUAAUACAAAAGCCUAUACAUCAUCUCAAAGACAGCUUGUAAACUCUUAUCUGGAAUUGUUUGAUUGUAAACAACGAAUUAAAAUUUUAGAUACCAAAUCCGAAUAUUCAAAUCAUAUCAAUAUUAUUCAUCCUAGUGAAAUUCCCUUACUUAAAAAGAAAUUUGAAAGUGAGAGAAAUCUAAUUAUUAAUUUCAGAAGAUUAUUAAAAUCUCAACAAAGAUUUCUGUUGGCACUAAGACAAAAACAAUCUAGAUAUUCCAAUCAAAAUGAAAAUUUAUCAGAGGAACAUAUAUGUAAACUAAAUAAUAAUAAUAAUAAUAAUAAAAGUGAUCAUAUACAAGAUUCUUCAGAAAAUGAAACUAAAUUAAAUGAUUAUCAAGCUAAAAAUUUGGAAAGUAAAGACAUUAUCUUAUCAAUGAAUUCCAACUCUAUAGAAUUUGAUAUAUGCCCAAUAUGUUUAGGUAAUAUUGAGUUCCAAUCUCAAGUUUUACUUCCUUGUGCUCAUCCUCUUUGUAUAGAUUGCUACAAAAUUAUUAAAAAAAACACCAAGGUUAAAAGAAAGUGCCCAACAUGUAGAACAAAAUUUUCAGAUGUAAAUGUAGUACUAAUUAUUCCAGAUGAUACCCAAUUAUCAAAUCCUUCAAACACACUACAACAAGAUUCAUAUAGUUAUAUAGACACUAAUUUUGAUAAUUUUCAUCAAAUUCAUUCCAUAAAAUUAAUAGGUACAUUUGGAACAAAAAUUGAAGCUAUUGUAAAACAUGUAAAGUGGAUACUUAAAGGUGAAUAUUGUGAUGGUUUUAUCAGGAUAAAUGAAGAUGAUAAAAUUAUUCUUUUUUCAGAUUUUAUGGAGGCUUUAGAUCUUUUAUGUGCUGCAUUAUCUAUAAAUAAUGUUUCAUUCAAGAAAUACAAUGGAGGCAAAAAUGAUUAUCAUAUACUUCGUGAUUUUAUAAAAUUUCCUAAUAAUAGAGUAUUAAUUUGCAAUACUUUAAAUGUUGGAAAAGGUGUUACGAUGUCUGUAGCUAAUCACAUAAUAUUUGUAGAUCCAUUAUUACAUGAAGCUGAUGAGUUACAGGCAAUUGGAAGAAUUGUUCGUAUGGGACAAGUAAAAACACCGCAUAUUUGGCGUUUUAUAAUAAAAGAUUCUAUAGAACAGGUUUUAAUUGAGUGUAACAAAAAAUCUUUAGAGACUAAUAUUUCUGAGAUACAUCUUCAAUCUACAUCAGCAAAGAUAAUUAAGUAUUUGUUAAAUAUGGAUUACUAA